AUGAAGUUCGUUCUCAGUUUUGCUCUGGCCUCCCUUGCCGCGGGUGUCUCCAUCCGUAGCCCUUCCACCAACCUGUAUGAGGGUACCAAGGUGUACCAUGUCAAGACCGGCCGGCAUCUAGCAGAUGUUCAAAAGAGACUUGCAGUGUUCUCCCACAAUGUAUGGGAAUCAGCCUCCGACCAUAUCGAUGUUGCAAUUCCUCGCCAUGAAGUUGCCAGGUUCGAAGCACUGGGUCUAGACACACGCGUUCUACAUGCAGACCUGGGGGCUUCGAUUGCUGCUGAAUCAGAGGUUAAAUCGACAUGGAAGAGGCAGGAGUACAAUACCAGUGGCGACUGGUUUGACAGCUACCACUCCUACGAGGACCAUAUCGAGUACUUUAAGGAGUUGCAAGAGUCGUUCCCAGAGAACUCGAAUUGGACAAGUUCGGGUACCUCCUACGAGGGCCGUGACAUCUAUGGUAUUCAUAUGUGGGGCGCCGGUGGCCCAGGAAAGCCCGCUGUCCUUUGGCACGGCACUGUCCACGCCAGAGAGUGGAUCGUUGCUCCGACACUGGAGUACAUUACCAAGCAACUCAUUGAUGGCUACAAAUCUGGCGACAACCUUACCCAGACAUUCUUGAAUAGCUAUGACUUCUACAUUUUCCCAAUUGUCAACCCAGAUGGCUUUGUGUACACUCAGACCACAGACAGGCUGUGGCGCAAGAACCGCCAACCACCCCCGGCCACUGCUGCCAACCAGACCUGCUACGGCCGCGACAUUAACAGGAACUGGGAGCACAACUGGGAUGCCAACACCCGUGGCGCAUCGAAGAACGAAUGUUCGCAAGUCUACCGUGGCGAACGCCCUCGUGAUGCGCCGGAGAAUGCCGCAAUGGACGACUUCCUUCGUAAUCUCCGUGACAAGCAAGGCAUCAAGCUCUACGUCGACUGGCACAGCUACAGCCAGCUCAUCCUCUGCCCCUUUGGCCACGAUGAGUAUCUCUACGCACCUCAGCUCGGCAAAUGGACAAAUGCUGCAUCGCUGAUGAGUCAGACCAUCGCAGCCAACUCUUCAAACGCGACUACAUACACUUUUGGACCUAGUGGUGCUGUACUGUACCCCACUACUGGUGUUGGCGUCGAUCACGUGUACGCUGUGGGUCGGGCAGAGUGGUCCUACACCAUCGAGUUGCCGGACACUGGUGCCUUUGGUUUCGUGCUUCCGCCUGAGCGCAUUCGCCCUGCUGCUGAAGAGUCCUGGGUUGGCCAGAGGGUUCUGUUGAACUUGUUGGACGAAGUAUUCUUUGACGGACAAGGACCUGCUAUAUCCUACUAG